AUGUCAUCCAGCCACACCCCCGGCAUCCACACAAUCACCUCGACAACGCCUUCUAUCCAGACAAUCCUGGACGGAAUCGUCCACAUCCACGCGUCCUGCAUCCUACAUGACGGCACCAUGGCCACCUUCCUCCCACCACUAGACCACGCGACCAUGUAUCGAUGGUGGGAGGAACGACUCAAAGAGGCCGACCAAGGCAGCAGACAUAUCAUUGUCUAUCUGUCCGAAGUCUCCAGUCGGACUGUAUUAGGACCAGCAUCAGAAUCAGAAGGAGGAGCAGCAGAAGUCAAGCCGCCCUUCGAGUCGGAAGGGCUUGGAUGGCCUAUCAUCAGAAACGAUACCAGUACCAGCAUCGGCACGAGCAAAUCCCCAGACAAAAAUUCCACUUCCACUUCUACUGCAGAAACAUCAACAUCUACUGCCAAGCUAGAACUCGAAGUCUCCGGCGUCGUCUCCUUGGCUACACCAUACUCCCAGACUGGCCCGUUUCGCGGCCUGGUCGAGAAAUUGUUCGUCUCGCCGCUUCACCGUCGCAAAGGCAUCGCUCGAGCCAUCAUGACCAAACUCGAGGAGAUCGCGUGCGACCAUGGUCGCUGGAGUCUCAUGCUGGACACCACGGUCGGGACGGAAGCCGAGCAUGUCUAUCCUAGACUCGGAUAUACCACGCUCGGAGUGGUGCCGGAGUAUGGGUAUUCGCCUAGGGAUGGAAGCUUGUUGGAUGAAGUUUGGUUUUGGAAGGAUUUGAGGAAGACGAGGUUGGGUUAA